AUGGAUUCUCAAGCUAAUGGACAGAAGGCUCCCUUUCGAAAUUAUCCAGUCAGCACUUUAGGCGAUUAUGUUCGACAACAUAACUCAUCUUGGCGUGCAAAUCAUUAUUCAAACAAACAACCUAAUCUUGAAUGGUAUCAAUAUUUAAGACGACAAGCAGAUUUAGAAAAUCCACCUGGUAUUCCUUAUGGUAAAAGACGAAAACCAAAGCCAAAACCAAAACCACAAAACAGAACACAAGGAACAAUGCUUUAUGAUGAUGGUGAUUUAGGUAUAAGUAAAGUAGAUUUUACUUCACCACCUGUUACUCUUACAUGGCUUGAUUUACAAGCAAAAGCACCACCGAAAGAUAAAGGUCUUAGACGAACAAUAAAAAAAGCACUUUGUCCAUGGAAAGAAGUCGGUGAAUCAAAAUUAUUACUUAAAGGAGUUAGUGGUAUUGCUAAACCAGGACAAUUGGUUGCUAUAAUGGGUGCUAGUGGUGCUGGUAAAACUACAUUAUUAAAUAUUUUGACACAACGUCGACCCGGUACAUUGAAAGUAACCGGUGACGUAAGAGUUAAUGGAACAAAAAUGGAUAGAAAUAUCAAUCGAGUAUCAGGCUAUGUUCAACAAGAAGAAUUAUUUAUAGCAUCAAUGACAACACGCGAGCAUCUACAUUUUAAUGCUAUGUUAAGAUUAAAUCGUGAUGUAACAAAAGAGGAACGUAUUAAACGUGUCGACGAACUACUUGACUUUCUCAAUUUAAAAAAAGCAGAAAAAACAAUAAUUGGUGAACCUGGACGUAUUAAAGGUUUAUCUGGUGGAGAAAAACGACGUUUAUUAUUCGCGUCUGAAGUUAUGACUGAUCCACCUUUAUUAUUUGCUGAUGAACCAACAUCAGGUCUUGAUGGAAGUAUGGCAUUUACCAUAUGCGAUGCAAUGCGUAAAUUAUGUAAUCAAGGUAAAACAAUUGUAUGCACAAUUCAUCAACCAUCAAGUGAAAUUUUUCAAUUAUUCGAUACGCUUUAUUUAUUGGCUGAAGGACGUGUAGCUUAUUUUGGAUCUCGAAAGAAAGUUGAAGGAUUUUUUAGCGGAUUAGGUUAUGUAGCACCAGACAAUUAUAAUUUAUCGGAUUUUUUUAUACAAACAUUGGCUAUACUACCAUUUGAUAGAGAAGCAUCAUUAGAACGUGUUGAACAUAUUUGUGAUGAAUAUGAAAAGUCUCCACUUUAUGCUCAACAUAUUGGUGAAGCUCGACAAUAUCAUGAAAUUGAUGAUGAUCAAUCAAAUUCAACAGGUGGAAUAUUUCAUAGUUCAUCAAAAUAUAAAUCUAGUUUUUUCCGUCAAUUUCGUUGGUUAUUAUGGCGUUCAGGAAUUGAUAUGUUUCGUAAUCCAUUUCAACUUCGUUUACGCAUAAUGAUAUCAAUAAUUCUUGGUGUUCUUCUUGGUCUUCUCUUCUUACGUUUACAAUAUAAUCAACUCGCAUUUCAAAAUAUAUCAGCUAUUAUAUUUAUGCUUAUUAUUAAUAUAUCAUUUUCAACUGUUCAAGGUACUGCAGAUGGUCUAAGUCGACAAUUAAAUUUAUUUUUUAAAGAACAUGAUGAUGGAAUUUAUCAUACAAUACCUUAUUUUGUAGCAAGAUUUGCUUUAGAAUUACCAGUACUAGGAUUAUCAACAUUUAUAUUAGGAACUAUCGUUUAUUGGAUGACAAAUCUAUAUAAUAGCGCACGACAUUACUUUAUCCUACAAGGAAUUCUUAUUUUAUGUACUAUAGUUGCAAUGUCUGUCGGUACAUUAGUAGGAGUAUCUGCUCCAAGUCCUGACGUUGCAGUUGCAUUAGUUGUUCCAAUUGUUCUUCCUCUUCUUGUCUUUGCUGGCUUUUUUAUAAGUGCAAAAACAAUACCUAAUUGGCUUAUUUGGAUAAAAUAUCUAUCAUGGCUUUAUUAUGCAAAUGAAAUGGCUUUAAUUAAUCAAUGGGAAGAUGUAAACUCACUCGAAUGUAACGCAAGUGGCAAUUCAACAUGUUUUGGUAAUGGUACUGAUAUUAUUAAUUAUUAUGGUUUUAGUAAAAGUCAUUAUAGUCGUAAUUUGGGUUUACUUUUUGCUAUAUUUGGUACAUGUACAUUAUUAAGUCUUUUGAUUUUGAUCUUACGAGCAAAAUUUCAACGAAAAACUGGAUAA